AUGCGGCUUGAUCUGCCCCUUUGGAGUAGUCGAAGCCAGAGAACACAGCUGCGGCUCUUUGCUGUCUUCGGGCUGUCAUCGUCCUGGCGAAGGCCAUAUUCAGAUUCUUCCACAUCACGUGAACGGCCAGCUCGGCCAGAACCACAGACUUUUAAGAUUGCCUGUGGUUCAGCAGGCUCAAUUACUGUAGACCUCUACAACUCCCAUCUCCUUGCAAAUUCAACCUCUCCUUUGUAUAUAUAUCUCCCCCCAACCGGCUUACACCUUCGGGAAACACACCCGGCCAUACCCUCGUUUUUGCUCUCUCCUACCAACGCCCUGGCUCGGAUCAACUAUCGAUGGAACCAACCCCCUCCUUCCCCACGGCCUACAUCUUCGUCUUCGACAUCGAGCACUAUACUUCCUUCUCCAUCUCCCCCACUGCUCACCAGCCACCAAUCCUACGCCAAUCAUCCAUUCCCCACACCCCUCCAUGACACACUCCACGCCUACAACUUCCUAACAACGUCCUUGCUUCCUUCAUUUGCUCCUCAACUCGAGAGCACAUCAUCCCCUUAUAAGUCUACAUUCUCUCCGGAUUCGGCGUACUACAAACCACCGCCAACUCCAAAAACUGCUCAGCGACCGCUCAUAAUAUAUGGUUCCUACUUAGGUGGGACACUGGCUACUUCCCUGGCGCUGACGGAAUCAUUAUCCUCAAAACACCAUGCAUAUUCAAUAGCUGGUCUGAUUGUGAAGAAUGGCAUUUUUGAUUGGACUGGGAUUGGGACUUCCCUCCCACCCGAAUCGUCGUCUGAAGAGAGCGAGAAAAAACCACCGUCCUCCCCCGAACAGUCUCUGGCUAUGAGAGCUGACUUCCACUGGGAUACUAAAACCCUUCAUGCCCUAAAAAUGAGACUGUUCGCGAGUCCAGCAGGCACAUUUGAUGCCUUCGCCUCUCCUGUCUUGUUUUUCCGCACUUCUGGACUUGACGUACCGGCUACGUGGCCCUGCUUGGAACCGCCAACUACCACCUCAACGGCACAUGAGGAUACGACUAUAAUGUCUACAUCCUUAUCCUCACCUCCGCCACCCAGAUCGUCCACUUCAACCCCAAUUACAACCCACUUAGCCUCCACCACUCAAAAGGCACAUCUAAAAUUCCCACCCCGAGACUCAGGUCUCAAAAUCCCCCGAACUCUGCUCUUAACUACUUCCCCUCCCGCCCCUCCAACACCAUAUCUUCGUCCCCAGUCUCCAUCUUUGAAACGGAAACCAACUCCAAAAUCCAGGUCCAAGGCCAAGGCCAAAUCCGACUCAAUAACACCAGAAACCCAAGCCUAUGAGCUAGAAUCGCUUAUGCGGCGGAGCUUAACGCUCCACGAGUUCAAAGACCGGAGGGAAUGGGAUGAGGCGUUUGAUGCGGAAACCGAUGCUAGUGAGAGGGUGGAGGUUUACGAGCUUAAGCGUGGUACUGAAGUUAGAGGAGAGGGGGAAGUGUUCGCGGGUGUGGAGGGGAAGGGCAAUGGGGAGACUGAUGACGAAGAAGCGGUGGUGAGCACCUGGAUUAAGGAUUAUCUGGGCUGA